AUGACAGCUACUCAGUUGUUCUCCUACUCCGAUGACCAGUGGGCCCGGCUCGACGGUGCAUUCAUCAUGUGCGCCCAUAGUCUGCAUACAGGUCAGGCUCCGGUGACUAAAACUGAUACCACGGCGGACCUGGAUACGCAGAGACAGCCCCCACGAUCCAUCACGGGUCACAAUGGAGAGCGAAAGGCUAUAAUUCAAGCAGUUGUCGAAGGCAAUUGGCGAAAAAUAGACAAUGACAUCGUGCGCUACAAUGAAAUGUGGGCAAUCAGUAAAUUCCCAGCCGACAUCAAGAACGAUGGCAGUCUUCAAAAAACGAGAACUAUCAUGUCAGUAUCCCUACCUGUUGCCAGUCAAUCGGGCAAAGUGAUCAAAGCGUCCGACACGUUGUCCAACCCUGAGAAUUUGCAGUACUAUUACCGCUUCGCUAAGGACGAGACUUUACUGGAUGCAGUGUCUAAAGCUAAACUCUAG